CGACUCAAAGGUUGUGGUGAUACAAGAUUUCACAUCAAGAGACACGAAGAUAUGAUUCUUUUGAUCGAUUCUUAUGACUCAUUCACUAACAAUCUUGUGUGCUUGAUUGAAGGGGCCACAAACAAAGAUGUGGUGGUUCUUCAUAAUGAUACCGUUUCUCCACCAGAUUAUCAUGUGUUUCUCGCAAAAUACAUCAAUAUCAUAGAGUACAUUGUCAUAGGUCCGGGACCUGGGCUGCCAUCUAACCCUUCUGAUGUAGGAAUUAUUGACUGGCUAUUUGACUAUUUCAAGCAGAAUCCUGCCAAUUGUGUGCCAAUUUUGGGAAUAUGCCUCGGCUUCCAGUGCCUUUGCUAUAAAUUUGGAAACGAGGUAGAAAAGCUACAAAACGUUAAACACGGCCAGAUCUACAACGUUCGUUCCUUACAUGAGUCAGAGAAGUUAUACGACGGUUUUUACGGAAAGUUAUUACCCAGUGUCCGAUACCACUCAUUGUUUGUGGAUAUCAAUAAGAUGAACUCGGAAAUUGUGGCUUUAGCAGUGUGCGAUGAGAUUGAAGAUGGACAAACCACCCAGAUUCUAAUGGGUGCAAAACACUAUAAAUUGCCCUUCUAUGGCGUUCAGUAUCAUCCAGAGUCCAUUUGCAGUGAAGAAGGAGCUAAUUUGAUUAAAAGCUUUGAUUCUAUAGCUGUGGAGUACAAUGUCCAAAACAGGCACAGUGAGUUGAACUUCACCCAGGAGACUUCGUUAUUGGUGGAUCACCUUCGAGGACAAAUCAACAAAAAGGCUUUAGUGGAAGGAAGGUACCAAAGUUGUGAAUCAAAUGUGUUUGUUUCGGCAAUAGAGCUUAAUUUUAGCGAACAUCAAGUAACUCCCAUUGACAUUUGCGACACGUUGGUGCACGAAACUGGCGAAACUGACUUUAUCUUGUUGAAUUCGGCCUCCACACCCGGAGAAUGGUCUAUUAUAGGAUUACCAGAGGCCGGAAAGUCUGAAAUUAUCACCCAUUCAGUCGAUAAUCCUCAGAAUGUGAAGGUACAAAUGUUCAAAUCAGAAGAUUAUGAAACAAUCUCCCUUGAGCCUUCUAAGCUGGUUUGGGCUUUUGUGGCACAAAGGUUCGCUGACAACUACAUUUCUAGAGAGGUAAUUGUUAACAAGCUUCCCUUUUCGCAUGAACGAACUUUCCCGUUUUUGGGCGGUUACCUUGGAGUAUUUUCGUAUGAAGAAGGCUGUCAUGUAAUUAUUGAAAAGACUGGAAAGAUAUGCAAAGACGAAACUCCAGAUUUGAAACUUGCAUUUGUGGAAAGAUUUCUUUUACUUGAUCAUUUGACCAGCAAGUGGUUCUUGAUGUGCGUGAGUUCUAAGAGUGAUCACUCAAACUGGUGCAGUUCCUUUGCAAAUAAGCUCCAGGAGCUUUACCACAAAAGAGAUCUUAAAGCACAGCUUGGAUUGGAUAUCAAAGAUUUGCUUUCCGAGGAUCAGGAAGUCCACUUUGACCUUCCUUCUGAGGAAGUCUACAAAAGACAAUUUGAACUUUGUCAAGAAUAUUUACACUCUGGGGAUAGUUAUGAGUUGUGUCUCACGACUCCACUGAAAAUCCACCUACCCAGUACCAUCAAAUCAUGGGACAUCUACAAAAUCCUUUCAAGUAAGAACCCAUCGCCAUUCUCCUGUUUUAUGGAUUUCGACGAUGUAGUAUUAAUUUCCUCAUCUCCUGAAAGAUUCUUGAGCUGGAAAGAGGAGGAUUCCCAAAAAACAAUUGAACUUAGACCAAUAAAAGGAACUGUCAAAAACACCCCUGAAAUGACUCUUGAAGGUGCUACCAAGCUUUUGAAAACCCCGAAAGAAAUGGGCGAGAACCUUAUGAUAGUCGAUUUAAUUAGACACGAUCUUCACCAGUUUACCAAGAACAUCGAGGUCACCCAGUUGAUGAAGGUAGAAGAGUACAAAACUGUAUAUCAGUUGGUUAGUGUAAUCAAAGGACACCUUGAAACUGAUGACUUUCACGGCAUUGAUAUUCUCCAUUCAUCUCUACCUCCAGGGUCCAUGACGGGAGCCCCAAAGAAGAGAUCGAUUGAACUUCUUCAAAACAUCGAAGAGCUCCAGCUGACGGGCAUCAAAGGAGGCAGAAGAGGUAUAUAUAGUGGUGUUGUUGGAUACUGGUCCGUCACCGAUGACUCUGACUGGUCUGUGGUUAUUAGAUCUAUUUUCCAUUACAAAGAUGAUAAAGAAAAUACUGAGUCCCACAAAUUGUGGCGUAUUGGUGCCGGGGGUGCCAUCACUGUUCUCAGUAACUGUAAUGAUGAAUGGGAAGAAAUGCGGUUAAAGCUUACCAGUGCUUUACAGGCGUUUAUUUGAUCUAUUAUUUGUAUAUAGUUAAGUAUGCCGUAUUUUGCAACCACUGCACAAUAAAUACGUCGCACACGAACAUUUUGA